AUGACUAGGUUUGAAAUAUUGGUGAGUGCAAAUGAUGAGAAUAGCCUAGAUGAUGAAGUGUCAUUACUGCUUGAAGAUUCUACCAAUGCUGGUAGUUUUGGUGAAGAGACGCAUGUAUCUAUUGAUAUCCCUCAAAAUCAGGACCUUACUGAUGAGUCACAUAGCUCAAUUGAGAUAGAAGACGAGCCUAUUGAGAUACAUGAUGAUAACAUAGUACAAGAGUCUCAUGAAGCAAAAGAAGAUGAAGAAGCCAAACAUGCCCGUGAAGAAAGAAAACAAGCCCAGUUGAAACUUAUGGAGCAAGAAUCUCAGAGCUACCACGAAGAACUGCAAUUACAACCACUAAUGAAUAACCAUAUACGGGCUGGUUUUGUAUUCCAAAUGACUUCAAACGAAUUUAACUUCAAUGACAAGAGUGAGUUCGAAUACAUUCAUCAUGGUAGUAUCUUUCCUAAAUCUAUGAGACAUAUACUACAAGAGACAAAAUCACAUGCUCUUCAUUUAAGAUUCCAAAGAGGUAAAUGGGAUGCUGAAAAAUGGGGGGCACUACCUGAUAACGGUUAUUAUAUUGGUGGUUCAGGAGCUGAGCUAUGGAGUUCUGUAGAAGCUUCUGAUAAAAAUUCAGCUUAUGGUCAAUGGAAAAUAUUGGCUAACUCUUUAAGCGGUAUGUUUUGUGCUUCCUUGGACGCUCUUGAUUCCACUCAUACCAUUUUUCCAAAAUAUUCAUUUAUUGAAAAUGAUUUUGCUAAUAAUAAUUUCCGUUCUCCUGUUUUCAAUGAACAGCAUGAUUUAUUCUUAUUACAUGGUAGCUUACCGAAUGAGCCCGUUUGCACAGAAAAUUUAACACCUUUAUUGAAAUUAUUACCCACAAGGGGUAAAGUAGGUUUAUCAUCUAUAUUAGAUGGGCAUCGUGUAUUCGACAACCCAUGGCAUAACCUAGCCUUAGAUCUUAACACAAUAUGUGAUGAUAUUACCAAAAAAUGUAAGUAUACUUUAGAUAUACAUUUAGAUAUGGUAUUUCAUAUUCCAACUGUUCAAGCCAGAAAUGAUAGGCCCAUUCCAAAACCACUGACAGGGGAAAAUUUACGCUGUGAUUACUCUAAACCUUAUGAUGCUUUUCAAUGUUUCCCAUUGCCGGAUGAAAACUCUAUCACUUAUGUUUUGUCUGACGUGUUUGGUAAGAAAAUUAAUGGAUCUCCAUUAAUUUCAAGUAUUCCAUCUAAAAUUUGUUUAAAGGCUCCUAAGGAAACUUGGAAUUUCUUCAUCGUAGUGAAUGAUUCUGUCUAUGGUACUGACUCAAACUGUUUUGAUUUAUCUGAUGACAACGCAGAUAAAGAUCAAGAUUUUUACAUUCAGUCUGAUAAUACAGACUUGAUAGCUACUGAAAAAUCGCCUAUUUCUAUAACAAGAUCAUUAUCAGAUGAUAAUAAUGUUCGAACAGUUUUUAAAAACACAAAUGAUUAUCCCUUAGAAAUAUUACAUCUGGAAUCUGUUCCCUGGUUUAUGAAACUAUAUUUAUCAACUCUAACUAUUCAAAUAUCAAAUUCUAGUCCAAAAAGUCUCCGCAAUGAAGAUAGCCUAGAACGUACUGUAAAUUUUACUUCCAUAUAUUAUUCUCCCGCUAUUGAUAGAAAAACUUCUAAUCAUUUAGAAUAUAAAUUGACAAUCCCACAGAUGUCAACCGUUAUUAUUUCUUAUAGCUUUGAUAAAUCAUUAUUACAAUUUGCUGAAUAUCCGCCGGACGCAAAUCAUGGUUUUGAAAUCGAUUCUUCUAUUGUUACUAUACUAUCGCCUAUGAAUUAUUAUGUCAGAUCAAAUACUUUAUUAUUAUUAUUGUCCACUCCCGAUUUUAGCAUGCCAUAUAAUGUGAUUAUAUUAACAUCGACAGUUAUGUGUUUAAUUUUUGGUACUCUUUACAACUUCCUAGUCAAGAGGAUGGUACCGUUAAAAUAUGCAGAUAUUUAUAAUAAGCGUGACUCUCCAAUUGCUAAAUUGAAAACAUGUAUGAGAAAAUUCAUUUAA